UUUCAACUUUGAUCUGGCUACGAGGAUGCCUUAUGUUUUAAUUUCUACAUUAAUCAGACUGGUAUGUGAUAUUUUACAGCUGUAAAAAAUAUAAAUAUAUCAAUAAUAUGGAUUACUUGCGAAGUUUGUGUCGACUGAACGUUUACAGAAUUCCUUAAUAAGGCUGAUAUAAAGAUUUACACUAGACAACUUUUGUCUAAAACUGUCGCAUGCAACCUGCUUACAACUUGAGUUGUACUGUGUAAAUCAAGCACACAGCUCAUCUAUAUUGUCAUGGGUGAGUUGUGUCCAGACUGGAAAGUUUGUACUGCGUUAAAGAUAUCUCCCUUGCGCGUACUUCAGACCCUUGGCUGUCUGCAUAUGAACACUUUUACAAAACUGGUGUGCAUAUGCACAGCAAUUCAGCAUAAAAUGCAAAUGCAGCACGUUUUGGGGAAAACGUUGACUAUUUGUGUGAAAAAGAUUUCACAGUGACUGCAGAUACCGUGUUUAACGUUGCUCCACUGGUGAAAAUUGAAUUAAUAAAUAUUUUUGGCAUGUAAAUAGUCUAAAUAUAAUGAAAUAAACAAUUAAACAUCUCUCCGAACCACCAUCUUGGAUUCCCGUCAUUCUACCUGUGAUCAGGUGUACACUGAGAGCAUUACGUCAUCUCAUUUCAAAAAACAUUUUGGUCUUUUUUGUGCGCGAACCUAGACUGAAAAUUGUUUGUCUGCACAAUUUUCAAAAUUUAUAUGCGCAUAUUUUCGGCGAGCGAUUUGUCUCCUUUGCACAUUUUGCAAACUUUCCAGUCUGAAGUAAUUGUGUGCUUGAUUUACACAGUACAGUACAACUCAAGUUGUAAUCACGAUGAAGUGUGAGUUACUUUAAUGAUGUGCUCUUUUUUCAGGAAUGCGGACCAACCAUCGUUGGUGACGAAUGGUCGGAUCCAGAGUUGAUGGAAUUUUUGGGUGCGAAACUUAUUAAUGACUUUGGAAAUAACUUGUAUGUGAAGUUUCAUUAUGAAUAAGUAAUUGACUUCUUUUUGUGAAAGUGAAACUAUAACCACAUCAUGUUGUGUUGUAUUGUUGUUGUACAUUAAGUUCUUUCUACUGUACGUUUGCAUGGCGAUAAAACAUAUAAUAGUUUUGUUUGUGGAAACACCACAUAAAUUUAAAUUUAUGUGGUGUUUCCACAAACAAAACUAUUAUAUGUUGUUGUAUUGUUGUUGCAAUAUUGUUGCAUUGUUGUUACAAUGUUGUUGCUUUGUUGUAUUGUUGUCAAGUUGUAUUAUCUUUGUUGUUAUUCUUGUUCUUGUUUAGUUGUAAUGUUGUUGCAUUGUUGUUUCUUUGUUGUAUUGUUGUCGGCUUGUCGCUUUGUUGUAUAUUGCCGUUGCACUGUAUUGUCUUUGUUGUUAUUCUUGUUCUUAUUUAAUUGUAUUAUUAAUUGCAACAUAUUGUUGCUGCAUUGUUUUAAUCUUGUGGCGUUGUGUCAUUUUCCGUUGACAACUUCACAUGAUGUUUCUUACCCUCAGCAAAGAAUAUCGAUCACCAGACCCUCCAAGGAAGAUUUUGAACAAGCUAGAAGGGCGUGGAUACCACGUGAUCGGCAUGACGGGUAUUGGACAGACCUGCAUAUGGACAUGUUAUAAACAAAGUGAUGACAAUAAUCAAGUGGAAAAUAAUGGUGCACGUUAA